AUGCCCCCCAAAAAGCCCUCCACCGCGACCCUUGCUUCAUCAGACGACAGUCAAGAUGACUCGUUGGUCCCUUCUACCGACAGAAACCCAACUUCCAACCCUCGGAAUUCUGUGGAAUCCUCAGCAAUAAAAAAGAGCAGGGGAAGGCCUCGCAAACAGCCAACGGCAACAUGUGAGAUACCAGAAGAUCCAGAUGGCAAUCUGCCAAUUGUCUCUCGAAUAGAAACGCGUCCAGAAACAAAGAAACCCAUCCUUGAACAGAGAGAAGGGGAAGGGGAGGAGGGGAGGGGGAGGGGGAGGGGGAAGAGGCGGGGAAGAGUCGGAGAAGAUGCUUCAACAAAAGAAAAGUCAACAAAUACAACUAAAACCCUGCCAAAUCGAAAAAAUGCUGUGGAAAGGAAGCUGGAGAUACCUGAGACACAAGCCGCAUGUGGAGACAUUUCAGCACCAGAAAAUGGGGAUAUGGGUGUAUCUCAGGAUGAGGAGUCGGACUCACUUCCAAAUAAAAGGAGAGGAAAAAAGAUAGAGGCUGAAAAGGCAUCAAAAGCGCCGGCCAAACCCGAUCCAAAUGAACUAGCCGACGAACUAGCGCAGUUAAAACUUAAAUUUGAAAAGCUACGGCGCCUCCAAGCCGAUGACGCUGACGCGAUAUAUGCUGAACAAAUCAAAGCUUUGGAAGAACGUGAUAAGGCGUCGCAGCGUAUAGUCGUUAACCUCAAGGCCGAACUGAAGUCAAGGUCGAUAUCGCUCCAGGAACUUCAAGAAAAGGAAAAGCGAAUCCAGGAGCUCGAAAAACAGAACUCCUUGAUGGAAGACAAGAUCGAGCGGCUGUUGCAAGAUCAUGCUGUACUCAGUGCGAAGCUAGAGACUGCUCGAAACAUUGGGAAAAUGCCAUCUAAUAAUUCAAAAACAACCGCUUCUAGCAGUGUCUCAAAAGAAUUUUCACAGCAUCGAGAAAACCUCUACUCUGACCUCUGUGGUCUGAUUGUGGUUAAUGUCAAAAGCGACGAAGAUGGUGGCAUCGAAUACGACUGUCUCUCUACAGGUAAAAAUGGAGCCUUGCACUUCAAACUACAGCUUGAUGCUGAGGAUGAUGAGGACCAAGUUGAUGAUGAUGGCCCUUAUUUUACUUACAAUCCCAUGCUAGAACGAGGCCGAGAUGAGCGUUUGAUAGCUGUCUUACCACCUAUAUUCCGAGAUGAGAUGAAUUUCAAGAGGACGAGGGGAGUCGAUUUUUAUUUACAACUGAUGCAGUCGCUUCAGUCAUCGUGA